AUGUUUUUAUUACAUUUAACGUUAUUUUUUUUAGUCUAUCCAUAUCUAUCUAUCUAUCUAUCUAUCUAUCUAUCUAUCUAUCUAUCUAAGCCUGUUCAUGUAUAUAUACAUCUAAUUCUUUCCGGCUCUGUGCGAUUAUCUAUCUAUCUAUCUAUCUAUCUAUCUAUCUAUCUAUAUCUAUCUAUCUAUCUAUCUCAUUCUGUUCAUUAUCUAUCCAUCUACCUAUCUAACACGACUACAUUACUCAUUAUCUAUCUCAGCCGGCCCAUUAUCUAUCUAUCUAUCUAUCUAUCUAUCUAUCUAUCUAUCUAUCUAUCCCAGUCUAGUCAUAUCUAUCUAUCCGUCUAUCCCAGUCUGUUCAUAUCUAUCUAUCUAUCUAUCUAUCUAUCUAUCUAUCUAUCUAUCUAUCUAUCUAUCUAUCUAUCUCUGUUCAUUAUCUAUCUACCUACCGGCCCACCUACCUGUCUAUUUUGUUUAUAUCUAUCUAUCUAUCUAUCUAUCUAUCUAUCUAUCUAUCUAUCUAUGUUCAUUGUCUAUCUACCUACCUACCGACUCACCUAUCUAUCUAUCUAUCUAUCUAUCUAUCUAUCUAUCUAUCUAUCUUAUGUUCAUAUCUAUCUAGCGUUACACUGCCCGUAG